AGGUUGUCAGUUUGAAUGGGAGCGCCUGUCGCUGUGUUCACGCGGGGGCUCGCUCUGGCUGUAAUAUCUAGUAACGUUAGACUCCGUUGACUGACUGAGUCGGCAGAAUUGAAAGGAGUAAACUCCCUGGAAAAAAACCUUUGCUAUAUAAUACUGAACCAAGAACAAGUGGAUGAUCUGAAAGGAAGCAUUCGUUCUCCUCCAGAAAAGGUUUUGCUGGAAUGGGUAAUCUUCUAAAAGUCCUUACAAGGGAAAUAGAGAACUAUCCACAUUUUUUCCUGGACUUUGAAAAAACCAAAUGGGGAAUCUGUUAAAAGUGCUCACUUGCACAGAGCUUGAUCAGGGGCCAAACUUUUUCCUUGACUUUGAAAACGCACAGCCAACAGACUGUGAGAGAGAGGUGUGGAACCAGGUGAAUGCUGUUCUCCAGGAGUCCGAGAGCAUCCUGUCCGGCCUGCAAGCCUACAAGGGGGCGGGCCAGGAAAUACGAGAUGCAAUACAGAAUCCUAGUGACAUGCUCCUUCAGGAGAAGGCGUGGAACUCUGUGUGUCCCCUUGUCAUCCGCCUAAAGAAGUUCUAUGCUUUUUCAUUGAAACUAGAGGAAGCACUGAAGAGCCUUUUGGAGUCUCUGACAUGUCCACCAUACACCCCCACUCAGCACCUGGAGAGGGAGCAGGCCCUCGCUAAACAGUUCGCUGAAAUCCUGCAUUUCACCCUCCGCUUCGAUGAGCUGAAGAUGAGGAUUCCAGCUAUCCAGAAUGACUUCAGCUACUACAGAAGAACAAUCAGUCGAAACCGAUUAAACAACAUGAAUCUUGAUAUUGAAAAUGAGGUCAAUAAUGAAAUGGCAAAUCGAAUGUCUCUGUUCUACGCUGAAGCCACGCCUAUGCUGAAGACCCUGAGCACAGCAACGACAAACUUUGUGACAGAAAAUAAGACAUUGCCUCUUGAGAACACCACAGACUGCCUGAGCACUAUGGCAAGUGUAUGCAAGGUCAUGCUUGAGACACCAGAAUACACAAGUCGAUUCAACAGUGAAGACACACUUCUGUUCUGUAUGAGGGUGAUGGUGGGGGUUAUUAUCCUCUAUGACCAUGUGCAUCCAAACGGUGCCUUCAACAAAUCCUCCAAAAUUGAUAUGAAAGGAUGCAUUAAAGUCUUAAAAGAUCAGCCAGCAGAUAAUGUUGAAGGUCUUCUUAAUGCCCUCAAGUUCACCACAAAACACCUGAAUGAUGAGUCCACUCCAAAAAAUAUCAGAACGAUGCUCCAGUAAUGGUUUUAAGUGAAAUGGGUCAAUAUUCUGACCUCAAAAGAUGUAUAUGUUUACAUUUAUUUAAGGACGUAAAUGUUAAUAUUAUUUACAUAAUCAUUCCCUCCAAGUUGCUGCAAUGUAAAGAAAGCAGACCUUUAUUCUAAACAAAUUGCCUAUACUGUCGACAGAAGCAUAAAUUAAUAAAAACCAAGCAUCCUUAUGAAAUCCUUUUUUCAAAUGAAUAACCAUCAUCAUGUUAACCAAAAGAGCUGAUGCACUGGUUGCGAGUUACAGUGAAAUUCAGUCAAUAUUGAAUGAGUAAAGUGUGUUGGGAUAGUUGUGCUGUUGUAUUUGUAAUAAGGUAAUGAUGAGAAAAGACAGCUUUAAAAAAAAAAAAAAAAGAACAUAAUGUGAUGUAACCAUUUUCUUUUCCUUUUUCUGUUGUUUUAAAAAAUCUGUGGUUUGGCUAAAGGUGGAGAUAUCAGCUUUUUUGUUAUUAUGUGAUGUGUGUUGUUCAUGUCUUUGUGCCUCUUUGUUUCUAACACAUUGAUGAGUAUCGAAUACAGCUUUAAAAUCUCAAAUAAAAUUGACAUUUUGAUUA